AUGGAAAGAAAAGUAUAUGCGUCGACUGAAACUAAAGUGACGGAAGAAAGAGAAUCACAAACACUUUGCUUACUUCCCAAUUCCAAGUUAACGGACUUUAUACGGAUCAAUUCGCCUCAUCCACAUUGUUUUCGACGCCGAGCUAUAUUAAAAAAAUACCCUGAAAUAGAAGAGCUUUACGGGACAGAUCCUAUCCAAGCCAUCCUAAUGUUUUCAACCGUCUUUUUACAAUUUUUUAUCAGUUAUUAUGUUUCAUCUUAUACAUUAUCCUAUUGGAAUUUCUUUUUAAUAAUCUAUUUUAUUUCCGGAACAUUAAAUCAUUCAUUGUUUGCUGCUGUUCAUGAGACGUCUCAUGGAACUGUUGUACCAGAGGGAUUAUUAAGUUAUCUAUUGAGUAUUCUAGUUUCCUUACCAAUGGCUGUACCCGUCGCUAUGUAUGGUGAUUCUCAAAACCCCAUCGAAACUAAAAAAAAAAAACUCUUGUAUCUUCUUUGUAGACCUUUCGCACGGUAUCAUCAAGAUCACCAUGUUUAUUUAGGAGUUGAAGGGCUUGAUCCUGACCUUCCAACCCGUUUGGAAGCUCGAUUGUUCCAAUCUCUUUUAGGAAAAUUCAUUUGGAUUGGUUUACUUCCGUUUACAUAUAGUUUACGACCAUUUCUUGUAAAUCCUAAAAAAAUGUCACGCCUUGACUUUGUUAAUAUUAUCUCCGUUAUUAUUGUUGAUUUUCUUAUUGCCUACUAUUGGAGUAUCAAUUCCUUAUUAUAUCUUAUUUUAGGAACUUUUUUUGCAAUGAAUUAUCAUCCUUUUGCUGGACACUUUAUUUCGGAACAUUAUGUUUUCCCAAAAGGAGACUCGUUUCAAGAAACAAAUAGUUAUUACGGUACUAUGAAUUACUUUACAUACAAUCUUGGAUACCACGUUGAGCAUCAUGAUUUUCCUCGUAUACCUGGCCGCUUUUUACCAAAAGUAUCGGCUAUAGCCAAAGAGUUUUACUCUAUGCCUGAGCACCCCAAUUGGUCUGUAACAAUGUGGAAAUUCAUAACGACAAGUGCCAUGACACCUUUCAACCGUAUUUUUAGACCUAACCAUCUUAAGAAAACCUGUCAAAACCCUUCUUUAUCGAGGUCAUUUGAAAAAAAAAUUAUACCAUUUGGAGGAGUUGGUUAUUUUUGGCCUUCCGUUUCAAAAUAACUAGAUCUAAGUUUCUCUUCCCACACUUUUUUUGUUAUUUCCUAAAGCAUUUCUUUAUAGUUAAAAGUUGUUUAUUAAGAAAAACAAUUGUAUUUCUGUUAGAGAAAAAAAAAAAAUUGCGCCUUUUUUAUCCAAUUUCUCUUUAUUAAAACAUUAAACACGAGUUUUAGUUUCAUGUGAGAAGUAAAAAGUGCACAAGAAAAUUGAUGCUAAUAGCUAAAUUCUUCUUAAAAACAAAUGAUA